UCUUCAUUACUCAGUGGGCGCGGCGCGGCAGCAUGUGCCCAUCACUGCUCUGUUUCUUCUUCCUACCAUUCCGCCCCCACCGAUCCAUCUCUCUCCCCAAACUCCGAUUAAACCUGAACUCUUCUUCAGAUCAUCAGAGGAAUCAGAUCAUGGCCAGGAAGCUGCUCCUCCCGUUCUUAUUAUUCCUCUCCCUCAGCAGCUGGUUGGCGUCGGCCGACAGGUUCACCGUCGGCGACAGCCAGGCGUGGAACCCCAACGUCAACUACACCGCCUGGGUCGACAAGCACAAGCCCUUCCAUGUCGGAGACUGGCUCGUGUUCUACUACCAGCCGGGAAUGGCGGACGUGGUCCAGGUGGACGAGGCCGGGUACAACAACUGCGACGCCUCCAGCUCCAUCUCCAACUACAGCAAAGGCCGGAGCUACGCCUUCCAGCUCAACCACACCGGCGAUUACUACUUCAUCUGCAGCCGCGGAUUCUGCUACGGCGGCAUGCGCCUCGCCAUCGUCUCCCAGCCGCUCCCGCCGCCCUCCCCGCCGCCCUCCUCCCACAACGACGACCUCUCCGCCGCUCCCCGUAGCUGCCACGCCCCGGCAUUCCCUCUACUCGCCAUCGCCGCCACCGCAGCCGCUCUUCUCGCACUCCUACAGUCGAUUGCUUGAGCAUUUUUCUUGUGAAAGAGAAAGAAAGACAUGCCAUCUGUUUUUAUCAGCAAAGAAACAAAACAAUUGUGUUCCUAAUUUGAUGGGAGAUCUGAUCCAGUUCAUUCCCAGAGAUUUGAGCUUGUUUUAAAAAUACUUUUAAGGAAUUCAAUUCUGAAGGUUGUUCUUGACUCA